AUGCACUAUAAUUAUGACCUUGAUAUCCCGUUGUCACCUUUGCCUCGCAGGCUGAGCAGAAGCCCGAAGCAAGGCUGUCAAAGAAAGGCCACGGAAACAGGGGUGACGGCCGACUGGGCUGCAGACUGGCUCGCGCAGGAGCUGUCCAAGAGCCCAGUAUUGCUAAUCGCAGAGUCUGACGGAGCAAGCUUGCGCGAGGCCAAAAAGUGUCUAGAAGAGGCUUCCGUUCGCUUUGAUGUCUUGGAGCUCGAUCGACUGGGCUCUGCCGGCGAUGAACUGCUGGCGCAGCUGCCACGGGAAAGCAGGUUGGUGGACACAGCGCGUGCUUCCCCCUUCCUUUUUGUUGGUGGGCAGCUGCUGCCCGAGAACUUUACCAAGGAGGGCACCAAAUGGCUGCAGCAGGUCUGCUAUAAUGCAGGGGCGCAGUUCAUGGAACCUCCGGAAGGUACCAACAUGACUUGGACUGUGCAGAAAGGGGCCAGAUGGCUUCCUCCGAAAAACAUUGGUGGCCGUCGCUGGUACCAAGAUGAUGCAGGCAUGGCCAAAUACGAGGAUGAGCAUGCAGACCCUGCACGCAAUCUGUACAACGAGCUCAUGUCAGCGCCAGGUGGCGGGACGGCCCUGCGCACACGGAUUUCGAACCCUGGCCAGAAGCUGCUGCGACAAGACGCCAGGCUUGACGAGCCAGACAAGUUUGGGGUGGCCCAACGUUGGCCAUCGUGGGGAAGAGUCGAUUUGCUGCUGCGAAAUGUGGAUGGCGUGACGGACUACCUCAGAUCACGCGAUGUCUCGCGAGUCAGGCAGAUACUGGAGGAUCAGAACAGCACCUACGCAGAUGGACUUUCCAAGGACAUGCUGAUGUGGGUGUAUGGACUUGGAAGGAGAAAACUCAUGGAGGAGCUGGACCAGAGGCAGUGCCAUCACAAAGUCAUCUCCGCCAUCGAUGUGCAAGGCCUUCGUGAGGCAUUAGUCGAAGAGCUCGAGAAGGAGCAGGGCUACAGCCCUACGCGACAAGGAGUGACACCAGGAGUGAUCCAGAGCCUCUCUUGGCGCCAGCUGCAAAUCGAAAAGGAAGCGGAUUCCGAUGUGGUCUUGCUGGUGGCGGUUGUUGAUGAGCAAAGUCCCCGACAUUUGAGAUUCAGGGACCAGCUGGAGGGGGCUGCCCAAGUUCUUCUCCGCGCUGCUCGAAUUGUGGCUGUGGAUGGCCGUGCGCACCACAGCGUGAUGACUGAGUACGGGGUCACUCGUUUCCCAACCUUGAUCUGGCUUCAAGGCCGCAGCGGCAUAGAGCUGGCCCGGGAGAUCGGGCCUUUUCCCACGAGCUCUAUCGUGGACCGGACCCGGCUUGUCCUGGGCGUCAAGGAGCUUCCCUCUCCCGAGGAGGCUGCCGCCGCUCUGGCAAAGGCCAGCCCACCCUCAAGGAAGUUCCGGCAGCGACGCUUCGACCGCCCGUUGGCAGACAAGAAUGCGGCUGUAAGAUCCAUCAACUCCCAUUCCAAAGGAUUUUGGCGGCAUGGCAGGUUCCAGGAGAAUGUCCGCACACUUUGGUACGCGCUGAACGGGCCUUACGGUGAUGCUGCCGCGGCCAUCACCUUGGCCGAGGUCGACUCCGAGACCGAGGCCCGCAUUAAGCAUCACAAGGUCAACAUUCGCCUCUAUCAGAGCAAAACCGCGCAGAAUCGGCCCAUAGCUCUAACCUAUGCCGCUGAGCUAGAGUCGGCACAAGCUAAUUCAAACAAUGUUUUCAAACUGAAUGUAGUUUCUUGCUGGAUGUCCUUGCCGUUCUCACCGCAGACUCCAGGAUUGGACGGGCACCACGAAACUCACGAAACUGUGACUGGUACCGUCGGUACGCAGGUGUUCUCCGAGACGCUGGCGAAGCUCUGGGAGGUGCACACAUCGGAAUUGCAAGGCUUGCAACUCGAGAAUGAGCGGUUACUUGCGAAAGUUCGUCUCUUAGAGGGCGUGGAGGCGUUAACAAGCGACGCGGAUGAGAAAGGCGGGAAACACCAGAAGCCAGAGAAGCCAGCCAGUCGUGUGCACGUUGUGCGGUCUGCUUUCUCAGACUCCAGUGAUGACUCUGGUGCAAAGCCUCAUGCUGAAGCACGGCCAGCUUGGAUGCCGGUCGUCACCUCGCAAUCUCCGAAUGGGAUGUUUGAACAGACGAGAGACAGGCCAAGCAGCUUCUGGCUCACUGCAAAGCGAAUCACCAAGCACCCAAUGUUCGACAUUGUGGUUGCAGGUAUCAUAUUCUUGAACACAAUUGUCAUGGCCAUUGAAGCACAAUGGGAGGGGCUCUCCGUUGGUGCGUCCAUCAACUACGGCACAGUAGAUGCCAGUCAUACGACCACAUGGGAAUCAGCAGAGCAAACGUUCGUCUGGAUCGGCGUUGUAUUCGGGCUCAUAUAUAUCAUGGAGCUCAUUCUCAAGCUCGUAGGCUUGGUGCAGCUCAUGCAGGCCAUCAAGAGUCUGGAUGCGCUGUAUAUCAUCACGACAGCUCUGAGCGGCAGCUUAUCCAUUCUAGCAUGGGCAUGCGUUCUCUUCUUCUUCCUGCAGAUGGGCUUGGCAUUGCUCGUGCAGGGCUAUUUGACGCAGUACUACUUCAAUAAUUCCACCGUUCCAGAAGCGAGCCGACAGGAAGUGUACCAAUACUUUGGCACCUUCAGCAGGUCCAUCUACAGCAUGUUUGAAAUAACUCUCGCGAACUGGCCGCCGGCUUCAAGGCUCUUGGCAGAAAAUGUGUCGGAGUGGUUCAUGUUUUUCGGGGUCAUCCACAAGCUCACCAUUGGCUUUGCUGUGGUUUCCGUUGUGAAUGGUGUUUUCAUGCAGGAGACUUUCCACGUCGCUGCAUCAGAUGACCGAGUCAUGAUCCAGAAGCGCCAGCGGAAUUUCCAACUACAUCGUCUGAAGAUGGAGCGUUUUUUCCGCAUGGCCGACAAGUCCGGUGAUGGCGCCAUCGACAUAGACGAGUUCAGACAAAUGACCGAGCAGAAGGAGGUCUCAGCAUGGUUGCAGGCCAUGGAAUUAGAUGUCUCCGACCCAGACCAUCUCUUUGUUUUGAUUGAUAGUUCGAGGCGAGACGGCAGAAUAACGCUGGAGGAGCUGGUACGUGGGGUCGGCAGACUCAAGGGCCCUGCCAGAAGCUUGGAUGUAGCUUUCAUCAUGGAGGAAGUUGCCAAACUUCAUGAUCAAGUCAUGUCCCAAGGUGGCAAGCGGCCAAUGCCUGAGGUGCAGAGUUCACCGGCCAAGAUCAUGAACAAGGCCAGAUCGAGCACAGCACGCGUAUGUGGUUCCAAGAGCGCUUCUUCCCUCAUCGACCAAUUCAGCGAGUGGCUGCGCAACGAUCCAGAUUGA